AGCAAGGCAUAAAAGUUUGGCCGCAAGCCCAUACUAACAUGCUCUGGAUGGUCCAUAAGUCCGUAUUUAAAUGGGCCAACAAUUCGGGCCAGAAGUUGACUUGUGUUGGUAUUUCGGGUCGGAGCGAGAAGGUGAAUAAAAAGGCGGUUUCUUUUCCGCUUCACCUACGUAUCUCGGUUACAUUUCAAAGUUGGGUCUUGCCAUUGACGAUCUGUUCGCAGCUUCAGGCGUCUUCGCAUUUGAUCUUCACGAAGAUGAUUGACGAUCAAGGGCUGGGGAUUGUUGCCAACCUUCUUGGCAUCCUCAUAUUUCUUCUGGUGAUUGCUUAUCAUUAUGUGACGGCAGACCCAAAAUAUGAGGGCAACUGAAACCGGCAUUGUUUGUGCCAAUGAAGAGACCUUAUGGCACUCCCAGAAAAACGUAGAUGACACAAUGUAGCUUUUCAAUUUUGUUAGCAUACCUAAACAGGCUGAAAUGGAAGUCUGGUGUAGCUGAUAUUUUUGCCACUUCUCAACACAACCAUCAUCUUCCUAUUAUGUCUAGAAACUAAUGAAGUUACAAUGUACUUAACAGUUUCUAUAUUUAUGACAUGGAUUAUGUCUAGAAACUAUUUGACA